UUAAAAGUAACUUCCCUUUGGAUUCUCUAUUUAUAUCACUUCCAAAUUGAUUCCAUCACACAUCUUAAAAAGUAAAAACACAUUCAUCUAUCCAACAAAAAAAAAGAAAGGAGAAAUGGAAGGAAUCGAUCAUAGAAUGGUGAGUGUCAAUGGCAUAACAAUGCACAUUGCCGAGAAAGGUCCCAAAGAAGGACCUGUGGUGCUUCUCCUCCAUGGAUUCCCUGAUCUCUGGUACACGUGGCGUCACCAGAUUAGUGGGUUAUCAUCUCUAGGUUACCGCGCUGUAGCUCCAGACCUCCGAGGCUACGGAGACUCUGAUUCGCCGGAGUCUUUCUCCGAGUACACGUGUCUUAACGUCGUUGGGGACCUCGUAGCUCUUCUGGACAGUGUUGCUGGAAAUCAAGAGAAGGUGUUUCUGGUCGGUCAUGAUUGGGGAGCCAUUAUCGGAUGGUUUCUCUGUUUGUUUCGACCUGAAAAGAUUAACGGCUUUGUGUGUUUGAGUGUGCCGUAUAGAUCAAGAAACCCUAAAGUCAAGCCCGUUCAAGGGUUCAAGGCUGUAUUUGGAGAUGAUUACUACAUUUGUAGAUUUCAGGAACCGGGGAAGAUUGAAGGAGAGAUUGCAAGUGCAGAUCCAAGAAUAUUUCUGAGGAACCUCUUCACAGGGAGGACACUCGGUCCGCCGAUUUUACCUAAGGAUAAUCCCUUUGGGGAAAAACCUAACCCUAAUAGCGAAAACAUUGAAUUGCCUGAAUGGUUUUCUAAGAAAGAUCUCGAUUUCUAUGUCUCCAAAUUCGAGAAGGCAGGAUUUACCGGUGGAUUGAACUACUACAGAGCCAUGGAUCUGUAAGUUCUUAGUAUAUGAAUGCGUAUUUUAGGGUUUGGGUUAAUUUGUUAUUGGUUAAUAUAUCAGGAAUUGGGAGCUCACUGCACCAUGGACCGGAGCUAAGAUUCAAGUUCCAGUGAAGUUCAUGACAGGUGACUUCGACAUGGUGUACACCACACCAGGGAUGAAAGAGUACAUUCACGGUGGUGGAUUUGCUGCAGAUGUUCCAACUCUUCAAGAGAUAGUGGUGAUUGAAGAUGCUGGUCACUUCGUUAACCAAGAGAAACCUCAAGAGGUCACUGCUCACAUCAAUGACUUCUUCACCAAGCUUCGGGACAACAACAAAAGCUUUUAGAGUUCUCGUUUGGUUCUAUUAUGUUGGCUCUCAAAACAAGUUGGUUCUUGCAUGUGUUGUUUCGACAAGAUUUUGAAUAAGACUUGGCAUUAUGAAGCUCAACGUGUGUAGGAACAAUCGAUUCUGGCGAAAAUAGUUAGAAGGCUGGAUUGAAGAUUUCAAAAGAAAACCAAUUUUUUUUAUAGAUUUCACAAUGAUUUUAUAAGCAAACUAAAUGAACCAGAAAUAACCAAGUGAAACA